GUGGAUAGCCCAGAAGAAGCAUUAGAAGCUGGUAAUGGUGAGAAGAAGAUCCUCCAAGGCAUAGAAAUAGUAGGAAAGGUGGAUGGUGUUGUGAGAAACGCACUAUUAAAAGACUUAAAAGCUGCCCAGGGAAUCCAAGUAGAAGAAAUACCAGUAGUUGGCAAAGAAGAUAGUUCUAUUAUCAGGGGAAUUGAAGUAACGGCAACUAAU